GAUAUUUCCUCGGCCCAGCUCCCCGCUUGUUUCUGUGAUAUCAACCAGAAAGAGCAGGGCACGGCUUGUCUCAGUAAGCAGCGGGUCUCAACGGUGCUCCCCGCGCAGGAGAAGGGCGCAACUGGUAUUUUUGAAAAAAUUGAAGUAUUUCUUCAGUUUUAAUGACCAGCCUGUCCGUCUAGCCGCAACAAGCUGAGGAGGAUACAGUCGUUUGGACGGUACUGAACGGAGAGCGCGGCGGACAUUGCAGGGAUGGAGGGACCUAGAAAGCAGUCGUCGUCGUGAGGCUGAGAGACAGACGCUAAUUUGGAGCAGCAGCAGGUGUACGGAAGGAUAAAAGCAGAACCGGAGGGAAUCUCAGUGUUCAUGAAACUUUGCUACGAUUUACGUGCUGGGGUUGCCGUCCGCCAUGUUAAGGUAAAGCCCAGGUGCGCGGUGUUGACCAUGCUAAAGCGCCUGGACAAGAUCCGCUUCCGAGGUCCCAGGUCGAGAGACGACUUCCCGGAUCUGGGCGAGUCGCCACCUGCCUCCGACACCGAAUGUAACGAUGACGUGCCGCCGAAGCCCCGAGCAGCUCCGCGGGACACGGAGGACGUCCUGCGAGACCCUGCUGGUUCAGGGUCUCCCACCAUGGCAGCUGCCGUUCAGGACUUCCAGAGGUCGGAGUCGGAACGCCUCAGCGAAGUCAAAGGUCACUUGGAAAUUGCCUUAUUGGAGAAACAUUUCCUACAGGAGGAGCUGAGGAAGUUGCGGGAAGAGACCAAUGUGGACUCGCUGCGGCAGGAGCUGGAGAGGGAGCGGAGUAAACGGCUGGAUCUGGAGCAGAAGAUGAACGAGGUCCUCAGGACGAGAUUGGAGGACUCUCCACCGCAGCCUCCCCGAAAACAGCAGUCGCCCUCCAACAAUGGCACAGCGGAGAAGCAGCAGCAGCAGAAGGAGGUGUGGAGUUCGCGGCUGCAGAAGUGGCUCUAUGAACGGUUCGGGGUUUACAUAGAAGACUUCCGCUUCCAGCCGGAGGAGAGCACUGUGGAGACGGAGGAGCCGCUAAGUGCUAAAAGGUUGACAGAAAACAUGAGGCGACUCAAACGAGGAGCCAGACCUGUCACUAACUUCUUAAGGAACCUCUCCGCCUUAUCUAACUGGCACUCUGUCUACACCUCAGCUAUUGCCUUCAUUAUCUACAUGAAUGCUGCUUGGCAUGGUUGGGCCAUUCCCAUGUUCCUCUUCCUGGCCAUCCUGCGCUUGUCUUUGAAUUACCUCAUUGCCAGAGGGUGGAGGAUUCAGUGGAGCAUUGUGCCUGAAGUGUCUGAACCCAUGGAGCCCCCAAAGGAAGACCUAACUGUAUCUGAAAAGUUUCAGCUUGUACUCGAUGUUGCACAAAAAGCUCAGAACAUCUUCGGUAAGAUGGCCGACGUUCUGGAGAAGAUAAAGAAUCUGUUCAUGUGGGUGCAGCCAGACAGCACCAGGAAGCUCUACAUCUGCCUGUGGGUUGCUUUCAUCUUCUCCUGCGUCCUCCCGUACAAGCUGAUGGGUUUUAUGAUGGGAGUGUAUGCCGGUAUCAAGUUCUUCAUCAUAGACUUCCUGUUUAAGAGCUGUCCGAAGCUUCGGGACAAGUACGACACGCCAUACAUCGUGUGGAACAGCCUCCCCACAGAUCCCCAGCUCAAAGAGCGGACCAACGCCACUGUGUCCCGGCGGCUCUCCUGCAUUGAGAAGGUUCAGCCGGUGGCGUCUCGGAGCAGCCUCGCCACCGUCCCCAGCGGCAUGAGCAGAGAAGACGACGCGGGUCGCUCCCACAGCACCAAAAAGGGUCCCUUCCACGAGAUCUUCAACCUGCCGGAAACAGAGCGCCCUCUGGCGGUGUGCGAGAACGGCUGGAGGUGUUGUCUGAUAAACAGAGAUAGGAAGAUGCCCACGGACUACAUCAGGAAUGGAGUUCUUUACGUCACAGAGAAUUAUCUUUGCUUCGAGAGCUCCAGCUCCAAAUCCAGCGCCUCCAAGAAGAAUAAAGUGAUCAAGCUAGUGGACAUCACAGACAUCCAGAAGUACAAAGUGCUAUCGGUCCUGCCGGGAAGCGGCAUGGGCAUCUCUAUAGCCACUCCCUCCACUCAGAAGGUGAGCGCUUCGCUACUUUAG